AAAAGACAGUCUUCCACUUAAUAGGAAACUAGUGAAUGCGUUAUUUAACACUCAUCCUUGCUGGAGAUGCACAUCGGAGCAAUUGAGAUUUUUACAGGGUGGACACUUUUAAUAUUUUACUAUAAAGGAUGACACAAUACACUAAGACAUGACGGUACCUCCCUUAACAGUAUAUUGUAUUUCCACAAACCACAACUACGGUAUAUAUUCCUUCAUCGUGCAUGAUAAUUCCUUUUCUUCUGUUUCAUGCACAUAUCCUCUGGACUUUAUUGUUUUGAUGCAAUGGAACUGUGAUUGUGUGCAAGGAGACACUGAAUGCAUCGUGUACAGAACACAAGCAAUCCCCUUUUCCAAGAAAAACAAGUCUUAUCUUUUUUUUGUUUUGUUCCUGUUUUAAUUAUUCAGGGGAACAUUUCUCUGUAGGCGUCUUCAUUAUCAGCUGCUGAUAAUUCCGAGACGUGACGAUCAGUCUUGUUCAUUUCAAUGUCCUUGUACUACAUGAUGUAAGGCAACGGGAAAUAAUCUGUAUUUUUUUAAAAACAUCAUUUGAAUAAUGAUUUCUGAUAAAUUCAUUAACUUAUUUGGUUUUCUGUGAGGGGAUGCCCCUUAAUGAUGGUGUAUUUAAUGCAAUUUAUAUAUCUAUAAAAAAGUAGUGAUGGCAAAACAGACCAUUUGAAUGUUUUAUUGGAAACAAAAAUGAUAUGAAAUACCCAAGAAAAUUAAUGGAAUGAUUUACGUUUACGUUUUUUUUUUAAAUAAUGUUUUAAACGUGUCAAAAACGGAGCUCCUAAAAAAAACAAAAAAAAGGUGAUGACAUCACGUUCCACCCCCCUUCCCAAGACCAGCAGGCAGGCGGGUCCUGUCCUUCCUUGCGGAGCUCUGUGGAGUAGACACACAGCCGAAUACGUCCGUGGAACAACUCCCUGCGUCAUGUCACCGUGGAUUCUAUUUGUAUUUAACAUUUGCGCCGUGCUGCAUGUCAACGCCUUUCUAGCGACCACCCCGUCCACCAAUGCACAGAUGCUCUACAGGUGCUGCGAGAAUGGCAAGCAAAAAGCCCUGAGCAUACAAAUCUGCACAGACCUCCCUCACAUCGCCAACUCCCACAUGUGCAGAAUCGCCCAAGAGCAGUGUUGUGUGGGUGUCCUGGAACAGCAACAAUGUUAUAAGGGCACCUCUAUGGCCCGCCAGCAGUGGGCCUGUGAGCACUACUUCUUUCAAGGGGAUUCCUGGCAAACUCAAAUCUCCAAGAUGUGCUGUGACUGUUGCAUGUUUGGCAUAUUGUCAGCGCGCCACGAUCCUGGCUGCGGGAUGCCUUACAUUUCGAUGGGGAAACAGUGCAGAGACGCUGCCAAAAGCUGCUGUGCCAAUAACGCCACAGAAGAAAUAUCUCCAACUGCAGAAGUGCCAGUGAAUAUUACCACUCCGCUUCCAAUGGGCGCCAGCAACUGCACAGUUCCAGUCUCCAAUUGCUCUCAGGAUUGUAGUGACAGUGUGACGUGCGUGUGCCGGGCCGGUUAUCGACUACAAUAUGAUGGCGUCACUUGCAAGGAUAUCAACGAGUGCUUGAUGGACAUGCACAAUUGUGUCUUGGGCCAAGUGUGUAUCAACACAGAGGGCUCGUUCCGUUGCCAAAGGGAAACCAGCUGUGGCACCGGCUACGAGCUCACCGACAGCAACGACUGCAAAGAUAUCGACGAAUGCGCUUUGGCGACGCACAACUGCGGAUCGGAAUUUGAGUGCGCCAACACUCAAGGUUCCUUCCGCUGCCACCCGAGGGAGAAGUGUCCUGCCGGGUUUAUUCAGGAUGCGGUCGGCAACUGUAUCGACAUUGACGAGUGCAUGGUGCUCGUGAAUCCCUGCCAUCCUGGGCACACGUGCGUCAACACACCUGGUUCUCACAGGUGUCACAGGACCACGGUGACGUGUGGACGAGGAUACCACCUGAGCGCAGACGGCACGCACUGUGAAGAUGUGGACGAGUGUCAGACGGGCAGCGUGUGCAGCGACCACAGCUGUACCAACAUGAUGGGCACCUAUCGCUGUCACUGCAGGGGCGGCUUUAUGUUCAACAGCGUCAGCAGGCAGUGCGAAGAUAUCAACGAGUGUAGGCAUUAUCCCGGGCGACUGUGCGCUCACAACUGUGACAACACAGAGGGGUCCUACCAGUGCAGCUGCUCCAAUGGUUUCCAACUAACCCACGAUGGCAGCAGUUGUGAUGACAUAAACGAGUGUGUGAACAGCCCGUGCAGCCAGGAGUGCGCCAACGUCUACGGCUCCUACCAGUGCUACUGUCGCCGUGGUUACCAGCUGAGCGACAUUGAUGGGAAUACAUGCGAAGAUAUCGACGAGUGUGCACUGCCCACUGGUGACCAAGUGUGCUCCUACCACUGCUCCAAUGUCCCCGGAAGCUUCUACUGCACCUGCCCACCCACGGGAUACACUCUUGCAACGAAUGGGCACACAUGCCAAGAUAUCGAUGAGUGUGCGGCAAGGAUUCACACCUGCUCCGCCUCUCAGACCUGUUACAACAUCCACGGAGCAUACCGUUGCUUGUCGUUUGUGUGUCCCUCCUACUACCAGCAAGCGACACAUGGAGCCAGAAACCCGGCCAGCAUGCGUUGCGUCAAAAGCUGCCCGUUCAACGAUGACGUCUGCACGCGAGACCCCGUCCGCCUCAUCACCUACUCCAUCUUCAGCUUGCCCACCUACAGACACCUGAGUCAGCCAGAAGAUGUCAUUUUCCUACGGACGACGACGUCCACCUCCAACACGGGCGGUUACGUGGUCUUUGACAUCCUGAAGACCGACGACCAGCACUCCUUUGACGUGGUCAGGCGCUCCCAUCAGGGUUUUAUAAUGGGUGUGGUGCGCCUGGUGAAGCCCGUCAUCGGUCCCAUGGACAUCGAGUUACACGUGGCAAUAAGCUACAUUAAGUCAGGACUGGUGUCACAUCGCAACAUCGUCAUCGUGCAUGUCUGCAUCACAGAGUUCUGGUUUUGAGCUGCAUUCACUUUGUGUAUUGUAUAUAAUGAAAAACUUUUAUAAAUAUUUGCAAUAUGUCAUUUGAAAACAGAGAGGUUUAGUCUAAGGCAAUGUGAGGAGCUAAAUGCUAACACUAACACCUGCAUAAAACAAAGAAACAUUUUUUUUUUAUAAACAUUUAAUAAAAUAUGCUUGAGCUUAAAAUACAUUUAUUUAAUAGAAUUUGAAAGCCAUAAUAUCUGAAGAAAAUAUUCUGUACUUUAAAGAAAAAUUUAAAUAAUUUAAUUUAGCUUUAUUGUAUUACAUUUUAUGUUUAUUUUUUUAAAUAAUUAGCCUUUAGAUUUCAGCCAAUGUUGAACAAUUGUUUUGUAGAUAAAAUCAAUAUGAAUAAAAUAAAAUUUAGAAAAAAUUACAACACUAAAUUAGAUCUUUAACAUGCAGACCUCCCUCUCAAUGACACAAUUGCAAUGAGAAUUAGCACCUAUUUGUGCAAGUAGUUAAAUACCCGCCAGCUGCAGUAGGAUUCACGAUUGCAUUGCACGUAUCAAACAAACAAAAACAAUCCCUAGAUUUGCACCACAAUUUAAAAUGUUAGUUUUCAUGCAGCAAAUGUACACAUGCUUGUGUUAUUUAAUGCUAUUUGAGUACAAUACAUGUUUAUUAUGCCUUCGAGAGAAUACUGUAAUUGUUUGACUGUAACCUUUACACUGGAUUUUGUAUCAAAACAUUUUGCACCCUCCGACUGCUCAAUUAGUUGACUGUUAAAGACGAGUUUUCAUUAAAUGUGCCCAGUGUCUGUGUUGUUAUUCCACUCAUUAUCAGAUAUACAUAACUGAUCUAUAAAUAAUUUAAUUUUUUCCCCCCCCCAACCAUAUAAUCCAAUGAAACCUUGACCACUGUUGUUGUGUUUGUCCUCCUGGCCUAUCAAGACACGAAGGACAAUCAAAAAGAGGAAAAUCCUGUGAUGUAAAACAACUCUGCAUGGAAAAAACAUAUUUUUUCA